AUGAACUCCAUACUCCCCGCCCCGGAAGUUUUCUACGACGCCGAUAGACCGCUCAAACUAGGAUACCAAACGUAUCUCGCGACGCCCGCGGCGAUCGCUUCGUAUACCUUUCUCCGGUACGCGUUGAGCGGUGCUGCCUUCGCUGCGGUGCGCUGCUCGCAUUUUACGCGCAACCAUCGCAGGUUAUCACGGCAACGAUCGUGUGCUCGACGUGGUCGCGGCCGGGGUUUCGUUGCGAACCAGCGCAAGCAAAACGACCCCUACUACAAGGUGAAGUAUACGCACGACGAGUGCGUGGCAAAUAUACGGGAGCCGAACACGGCGACGGUCUGA